UAUUUUGAUGUUGAUAAGUUUGUGAGGUCAGCUGUGAUGUUACAGAAGACGGUGGGGUUAGACCAGUUGAGUGAGAAGAAGCGGUUUCGCUUGAGGAAAUUUGUUACUGCUGUUACAGCAGCAAAAGGUGGUGGGAAACGUGGUCAGGUUAAUAAGAAAAGAUUUAAAUAAUGAUGAUGAUCAUGCUUCAUAGGGU